UUAGAAGACCAUUGAUAAAAGGAGCUAUUUCUCAGAGUGACCUCAGCUCACCCACAAUGAGUCCUCUCAAUCCUGGUUAUCAACUCCACUCAGUUUCAUCGUGGACCACAGGACGGAAGUAAAAGUCAAAAAAAGAAGAUGGGGAAGUUAAGUGUCUGGUAAAGUAAAGAGAGCGUCAGGGAGACUCUCAGAGGAGAUGGACAAGAGAAACGGAGCAAUGAUCGUGGUUUUUCUGCUCUUUGUCAUUGCAGAAGUUCCAGCAGAAGGUCACAUUCUGGAUGUGUGUGCCACCUGCCACAUUAACGCCACAUGUGACGACAAGUUUGACGGCCAUGGCAAAGUUUGUAACUGCAUGUACGGCUUUGUUGGAAAUGGGAGAACCUUCUGUCUAGAUAAAGAUGAGUGUCAGAUUGGUAGCAAUAAGAUCUGUGGGCAGCACACUACCUGCCACAACACAUAUGGCAGCUACUACUGCAAAUGCCUGUCUGGCUACAGCCCUUCUAACAGCAUGGCCAUCUUCAUCCCGAAUGAUGGGACCCACUGCCGGGACGUCGACGAGUGCAGGGCCACAGGCCUGUGUGGAGAGGGAGCUCAAUGCAGGAAUCUUGAGGGCAGUUUUGACUGCAGCUGUCAGCUGGGAUAUAAAGUCCACAACGGAGCGGAGCCCUUCCAACCUGACAGAGACGGAGCUUCCUGCAAACUGGUUGACUGUGGCCAGCCUCCCUCGGUGGAGGACACAGUGCUUCUGACGGUCACAGGCACCACAUACAGGAGUGUGGCCGUGUUUGUCUGUGAUGAAGGCUUUGUGUGGAGGAGUGGAGACAACAGCUCUGUGUGUGGAGCUGAUGGACUGUGGAAAAAACCCAACAUGGUCUGUGAAGUGGUUGACUGUGGCCAGCCUCCCUCGGUGGAGGACACAGUGCUUCUGACGGUCACAGGCACCACAUACAGGAGUGUGGCCGUGUUUGUCUGUGAUGAAGGCUUUGUGUGGAGGAGUGGAGACAACAGCUCUGUGUGUGGAGCUGAUGGACUGUGGAAAGGACCCAACAUGGUCUGUGAAGUGGUUGACUGUGGCCAGCCUCCCUCGGUGGAGGACACAGUGCCUCUGACGGUCACAGGCACCACAUACAGGAGUGUGGCCGUGUUUGUCUGUGAUGAAGGCUUUGUGUGGAGGAAUGGAGACAACAGCUCUGUGUGUGGAGCUGAUGGACUGUGGAAAGGACCCAACAUGGUCUGUGAAGUGGUUGACUGUGGCCAGCCUCCCUCGGUGGAGGACACAGUGCCUCUGACGGUCACAGGCACCACAUACAGGAGUGUGGCCGUGUUUGUCUGUGAUGAAGGCUUUGUGUGGAGGAGUGGAGACAACAGCUCUGUGUGUGGAGCUGAUGGACUGUGGAAAGGACCCAACAUGGUCUGUGAAGAGGUCGACUGUGGCUCUCCCCCUGCCCUCCCUCACUCUCAUAUGCUGUGGAAUAAGAGUUCAAGGAUUGGCACAGAGGUGGUUUAUCAGUGUAACUCUGGAUAUCAUAAUGUUGGAAAGGGAAAUGUGUCCAUCUGUACUUCUGCUGGACAGUGGGAGAGACCGUCUACGCUCUGUCAAGAGGCCAUGUGUGGAAGUCCUCCAAUAAUUGAAUCCACUGAUCAGGUGUGGGACGGUCAUUCAACCCCUGGCAGCACUGUGCUCUAUGUUUGUAAAGAGGGCUUUUAUAACAAAGGAGGACUUAAUUUAUCGAUGUGUAAUGAAAACGGUCAGUGGACCCCCCCAACCCUGUUGUGUCAAGACAUAUUAUGUGGGGAUCCCCCUAUACUGCCUCACACUGGGCAAGUGUGGAAUGGCGGCUUCACCCCUGGAAGCAAAGUGACUUACUACUGUAAAAUAGGAUUUUAUCACAGUGAAGGAAAUAACAUGUCAUUGUGCUCCAUUAAUGGUUACUGGACAAAUCCAAACAUCUCAUGCAAAGAAGUUGACUGUGGUGUGCCACCACCCAUCCCCCAUUCAAUCAUGCUGUGGGAUAAAAUCUCCACUUUGGGCUCUCAGGUUGUUUAUCAGUGUAACCCUGGAUAUCGCAGUGUUGGAAAUGUGUCAGUUUGUGCUGCCAGUGGAGAUUGGGAUGCAGUCUCUCUGCUCUGUCAAGAAAUCAUUUGUCAAGAGCCUGUUUUUAAACCGCAUGCUAAAAUGCUAUGGGAUGGCACAACACACGUUGGCAGUGUGGUGUAUUACCAAUGUGAGGAAGGAUAUUACACCAGGAGCCUGAGAAACUACUCAGUAUGCGGAGAGAAUGGACUGUGGGAGGAUAUUGAUCUAUGGUGUGAAGAAAUAAGCUGUGGCCCCCCACUAACCCUCCCCCAUACUAACCUCCGGUGGGAUCGCACCAGUAGACCGGGCAGUGUGGCGCUCUAUGAGUGCAUGGAUGGAUUUUACCAGAUGAGUGGAAACAAUAUUUCAACGUGUUUACUAUCAGGACAGUGGGGGAAGGUAUCUGUAAAGUGCAACGCUGAAUGUGGCCCGGUUCCCUUCCUUGCCAAAUCAGAGGUGUUCUGGCAUAACAGGAGUGUUGUGAUCCACCGCUGUGUGGAUGGAUACCACAGCUGGAGGGGCAGCAAUGUGUCUGUGUGUGGCAGUAAUGGGGUUUGGCAGAGAGCUACACUGAGAUGCAUAGCAAUAAAGCCACCUGUCAAUCAUCUAUCUGUCCUCAAUGAAAAGUGUCUUCACUGGAGAGCAGAGAAGUAUGAGGAGGAUACAGAAGUAUACAAGGUGACAUACAUAGGAUCCAGAGACUACGAGAGGUCCUUUCAUGAUAGAGGAAAGCGGUCUCUGAACUCUAAGGCAGAACAGCUUGAACUCUGUCUGAACCUGCUUCCAGUCACAAACUACAGCAUCUCCAUCACUGCACUGUCUUCCAGAUUCACUACCACCAUCACCACUAACACCAGUUUAACAGUGCCCCCAUUGCCAGUUGUCUACUACAGAGAAUUUGAGACUCCUGAACCAACUUUGAUGCUACGCAGAUCACCCAACACAUUGGACCCAAUAAGUUUGUACCAGGUGUUUGUGCAUCCUUUAGAUGGGAUCAUGAUGUUCGACUGUUCCUCUCCAACGAGCUCAGACAUCUCAAGCAAAACAAAGUCCUGGACAGAGUACAUCACUGCCCAGAUUGAUGUCAAACAUGUUGGGACAGAGAUGAACUUCACUGUAGGAGAUGGACUCUACUACGGAGGCUUCUUUAACGCACCACUGGAGAACGGCAGGAACUAUUAUAUCAUCUUACGAGCAGUCAGUCAGUGGAAAUUGGCUUUAAAAGGUUCCUGUGUCCUGUGGGCUAAAGUGAAAGGUACAUCCUAUGUUCUGAUGGUUUCAUCUCUGUCUGCUGCUGCAUUAAUAGGACUGGUUGCCAUGGUCACUUUGGGUGCAUACUUCUUCACCUGGUUUUUCAAGAGGACAUGACACUCUUAAGCUCCUUAAUUGACAGUAUGACACAUUUAAUUACAGUCUCGACUUCCCAUCUGUUAAUUUUAUUCUGUACAUUUUGUAAAUAAUUCUAAUAAACUUCUUUUUUCACUCCCUGAAUGGUUGAAUG